AUGGACAAACGUGAUUCUGUCAGGCGGUUAGCGGGAAGGAUUGACUACGGGGGUGGGCGACCAUUAUCAAUGAAAAACGGAGGAGGGAGAACCACUCAUGACGACAACGGACGGCCACAUUAUUAUGGACCCUCUAGCAAUCAUGCCUUCACACAAAGUUCGACAUCAUACCUACUGCAACCCAGCCUCCGGAGUGUACGGCAAUACGGAGAUCCUUCCUUGCGACGGGCCGGCUUAAAAUGGUCUGGUGACAUUCGGAUCGAAAAGCAAUUGACGGAAUUGUUUUUCAAGUGGCACAAUGCCAUAUGCAAUGAGGUCAAUGAAUGUGUUUACCGGAGAGAGAAGGAAAUAUACGAUCACGGGCAGGACUCUUUGUUCUACUCGCCUACUCUCCAGAACGCUAUUCUCGCCAUCGGCGCCUGUUACACAACUCGUACUAUUCCUGGUAUACCGGGAGAUAGCUCCGAGUUCUUUGCGAAGAGGGCGAAAACACUGCUCGAAAUUGAGUUGGAUAAACCCACCUUUGCCACGCUGGAAGCAAUUUCACUCAUCUCGUCGCACGAAAUGGUCAACGCGCGCGAGUCAAGUGGAUGGCUUUACUCUGGAGGUAUAUCUGUCCACCUGGUUACUGAUAUGGGUCUCCAUCUUGACCUCGAACCCAACCUCGAACCUUCUCUCCAACCCCACGACCUUUCCGGCGCCCGAAAAUUGUCUCAAGAGAUAUUCUGGGCUAAUUAUUGGCUUAAUAUUCAGUGGAGCUUGUAUCUGGGGCGCCCAUCACUGAUGACGAAGCUUGGAUGCACAACCCGGAAACCGGAAGUCGUAUCUAUACCGAAUAUGCCACGCCACGAACCAGCUCGAGACCGGUCGGAACGACAACCAGAGGAUUGUCAAAACCCUGCCUACAAUGUUGCAGUCUAUAUAUAUCGUCUCGCUUCUAUCAUGGGAAAGAUUGCCGACACCGUUUAUGGUGGAGUUCCGAGUACAAUCCGCAGCCACGAUAAUGCAAUCCAAGCGAUUACCAGCGAGCUGGAACAAUGGAAGAAGAAUUUGCCACCUGAGGUGGACAUCGACCUUGACAAAAAUGGCAACAUGGAGACCCAGGUAAUAUACGGCUCCUCGAUCUUACAACUCCAGUGA